GAACAACUGAGUCUGACAAACAACAAGCAAGCAACAGUCGCCACUGAAUUGUUGUUUGUAGGUAAAGACAAAAGUAUAAGUUACACAUUACCUCGAUCAAUUGUCGAUUCAUUAUGUGUGGGAAGUGGUCCAUUCAGCUCCUCUAAAACAUCACUAUGUGUACCUUCAGUAGCAUUACAUUAAUACUUUUAUUUGCCAUUCUCAAAUUUGAUGGAUUACACUCCACCGACACAACAAUUUGGGGACCCGGUCUCAAUCCAUUAAUUGUUUUGCCAGCUCGUUACUUUUACGUUCAGUAUGAUCAGGAAAUAUUUAAUAUUGCAGACUUUAAUGUUUUAAUAAGUGGUAAAACAAAAAAUGGUAAUAAUUGUCGCAUUUGGACAAAUAUUUUAGAUAGAAAAGACGCAUCAUUUAUAGUCCGAUAUAAAUUGUAUGAAGUUUGCUAUGAAUUCAGAAUAUUAGUGGAAAAUAAAAAAACAUUAAAAAAGUACUGGAAUCAUUUUGAACAAGGACCAAUUUAUCCAGACGAAUGUGACUGCUCAAAAGUAUCAAUUGAUACAUGGCUAUCAAUUACUAAAUGCAGAACUAAUAUCGAACAAAUUAAUAAUGAUCUCAAUCAAUUUAAGAAUGUAAAUUUUAAAACUGUAUUUGGGAAAAUGGCUAAAUUUUAUAGUCAACACCCACAUAGUACAAGUGUUUGUCAUUAUGUUGUCAAGAAUAAUUUAAUAUUUCGAAAAUGCUAUGGAGAAUAUACAGGAUUUAAGAUGUUUAUGGAUAAUUUAUUACUGUCAUUAAAUCGAAAGGUAUUUUUACCAGAUCUAGAGUUUUUUGUGAAUUUGGGAGACUGGCCUUUAUCAUCGCCUAGAGAACUAUUUCCUUUAUUUUCUUGGUGUGGAUCAAAUUAUUCUGUUGAUAUUGUGAUGCCUACUUAUGAUAUUACAGAAUCAGCACUUGAAAAUAUGGGAAGGGUAACCCUAGACAUGCUGUCAGUUCAAGGCAACAUCGAAAAACCAUGGUCACAAAAAAUUGAAAAAGGUUUUUGGAUGGGUCGCGAUUCUAGCAAACAUCGAUUGAAUCUCAUUGAACUCAGUAAAAGAAACCCAGACAUUCUCAAUGCUUCGAUAACAAACUUUUUCUUUUACAAAGAAUUGAAAGAAAAAUAUGGUCCAGGAAAGAAGCCUAUUUCUUUCUUUAAAUUCUUCGAUUACAAAUACCUAUUAAAUAUUGAUGGUACUGUAGCUGCUUAUCGGUUUCCAUAUCUAUUAGUGGGUGAUUCAUUGGUUUUUAAACAAGAAUCUGAGUACUAUGAACAUUUUUAUAGUGAACUGAUACCAUGGGUUCAUUAUGUGCCAAUAAAAAGACAUUUAGAUGAUUUGGUAGGUCUGAUAGAUAUUAUGAUGAGCGAUGAUAAGACUGCAAGAAAAAUAUCAUUAAACGGUCAAAAAUAUGCAAGAGAACACUUAGCACCUCAUAACAUAUUGGGAUAUUACUUACUAUUAUUUCAAAAUUAUAGCAAAUUUUUGACCUCAGUAGAAGUUCGCCCCAAUAUGGAUGAAGUGAUAAGUACUCCCAACAGUCAUAACCAAAUACCCUGUCAAUGUGAACCUGAAAAUUCCAUGAAAAAUAUUAAGACAGAACUUUAAUAACCAUAAUUGACGAUUAAUUCUUUUACAGUAAAAAAUAAUUAAUAUUUAAAUAUUUUAUUUUAUUUUAAAAUAACAUUUGGAAAUAAAUUAAAUUUUCCUUAACAUAUUACUAAAUCUAUACCAGACAACCAUAUAAGUAAUUAAAAUGUUUGUUAAUUGAUACUGAGUGUAUGUAAUGCAAUUUAUAACUUUAAUAUUUAUCUCAAUUUUUUAAUAACCAGACUCCUAUUUUUUUUAUUGUAUUGAAUCUCAUUAAG